CUAAGGCCGUUACCAUUUUCAAAAAUUGGUUGCCUUUUUUUCCCAUUUUUCAUGAGGCUCUUCUUUAAACGCCAUUGCACCUCCCUCAUUUCUCCCACUCCUAAAAUCUAUGAAAAUCCAUCAACCAAAUCAGCCCAAAUCCUCCAUCACUGCAAAUCCGGUGCGCUUUUUGAUGCGAUUAAACUCCUAAACUCAAUCGAUUCCAACAAAACUUCUCUCAAGAAACCAAUCCUUUACGCUUCUAUCUUACAAACUUGCAUCAAAGUUCUCUCCUUCAAUCAUGGCCUACAGAUCCAUGCUUAUGUCGUCAAAUCCGGUCUUGCAACCGACCGCUUCGUUGGUAAUAGCUUGCUUUCUCUGUAUUUUAAGUUGGGACCUGAUUUUGAUGAGACCCAGAAAGUUUUUGACGGGCUGUUUGUUAAAGAUGUUAUUUCUUGGACUUCAAUGAUAACAGGGUAUAUUAAGAUAGGUAAACCGAACAAUGCGCUUGAAUUGUUUUGGGAAAUGUUAGGGUUUAAUGUUGAGCCAAAUGGGUUCACUUUAUCGGCUGUGAUAAAGGCUUGUUCAGAACUUGGUUUUCUCAGGCUUGGUAAAUGCUUUCAUGGAGCGGUUAUGGUACGUGGGUUUGAUUCGAAUCAUGUGAUUUCUAGUGCUUUGAUUGAUAUGUAUGGAAGGAAUUAUGAAUCAAUGGACGCAUUGCAAUUGUUUGAUGAAUUGCUUGAACCGGAUAUUAUUUGUUGGACAUCGGUAAUUUCGGCUUUUAUAAGGAAUGAUUUGUAUGAAGAGGCAUUGGGAUUCUUUUAUUUGAUGCGUAGGAAACACGGUUUUCUGUCUGAUGGGUAUACAUUUGGGACAGUGUUGACUGCUUGUGGCAAUUUAGGGAGGUUGAAACAAGGUAAAGAAAUGCAUUCUAAGAUUAUUACAUCGGGUCUCAGUGGAAACGUCGUUGUUGAGAGUAGUCUUGUGGACAUGUAUGGAAAAUGUGGGUUGGUUGACGAGUCUCGACGUGUUUUUGAUAAAAUGCUGGUGAAAAAUUCUGUAUCUUGGUCUGCGUUGCUUGGGGGAUUUUGUCAAAAUGGAAACUUUGAGUCUGUUAUUAGGAUUUUUAGGGAAAUGGAAGUGACUGAUCUCUACAGUUUUGGAACUGUUCUUCGUGCUUGUGCUGGUUUGGCAGCUGUGAGAUUAGGGAAGGAGGUACACUGUCAGUAUGUGAGAAGGGGUGGUUGGAGAGAUGUUAUUGUAGAAUCAGCUUUAGUUGAUCUUUAUGCAAAAUGCGGUUCUAUUGAUUUUGCAUAUCAAAUUUUUGCACAUAUGUCAGUUAGAAAUUUGAUAACUUGGAACUCAAUGAUUUGUGGGUUUGCUCAGAACGGAAGAGGUGGAGAAGCUCUAGGAAUAUUUGAUGAGAUGAUUAAGGAGGGGACUGAUCCUGAUUAUAUAAGUUUUAUUGGUGUUCUUUUUGCUUGUAGUCAUACAGGUUUGGUAAAUGAAGGGCGAAAGUAUUUUUUCUUAAUGACUCUGGAAUAUCGGAUUAAACCUGGAAUUGAGCAUUACAAUUGCAUGGUUGAUCUCCUUGGCCGUGCUGGGUUAUUAGAAGAAGCUGAAACUUUGAUAGAGAAUGCAAAUUGUAGAGAUAAUUCAUCUCUUUGGGCAGUGCUUCUUGGUGCUUGCACAACAUGUACAGACGCUGCUGCCGCGGAACGCAUUGCAAAGAAGAUGAUGGAACUGGAACCUGACAAUCACUUAAGUUAUGUUCUUCUAGCUAAUGUGUAUAGAACAGUGGGCCGAUGGAGCGAUGCCUUGGAGAUAAGGAGGUUAAUGAAAAAUAGAGGGGUUAAGAAGAUGAUUGGCAAGAGCUGGAUCGAAACUAGCACUAACUUGAAUCUUAAUAUGAAUGAGUUGAGUAGCAAUGAAAGUGAAAAAUUCCAGGUGCACGGGUGACUUUUUGAUGGUGAGGAGAUUAAAGAUUAGGAUUAAUAGAGGGUUAGAAGAUUCCAGGCAAAAGUUGGAUUGAUACUAAGAGUAUCUCAGGUCUUGAGUUGGAUGAUAUGGGUGGCACGUACCCAUGGAGAAAGCAAUUAUUCAGGUUCUAAGAUGUCUGAUUGUGAAUAGGGAUAAUUGUUAGAAUAUUAAUUUGCUAAGCGUGAUUGUGAAUGCGAAAGAAUGACCGACUGAGCAGUAUUAAAAAAAAAAAAAAAAAAAAAGAAAAAGAAAAAAGAACAUCAUGCAGCUGAUAAAGCUGAGAUUGGCGUGCAGCGGAGAAUGCCGAACUGACUGCACAGGGGAGAUAUUGGUUAUUCAAAGAAUCUAACUGCACAUGACAUGAGGCGGUCGAACUAUUUCUGGG